AUGAAAGCUGUUAUCCUUCUUUUGCUUGGUGAGUUUCAAGUUCCCCAAAGAUAUGUGUUUUUGCGACUUUCAGGAUUAAACGAAAUACACUUCGCCAUGGGUAUCUCGCCAUGCGUCGAUCAUAAUGAGGUUUUGAAAUUUAAACAAAAAUUCCAUCUGAAGCAGGAAACUUUCAGAAAAAGAUGCAUCCUGAAUUGAAUUCCCUCUUUGCUUUCAUGUUCUGGAACACUCUUAUCUUCGGACUCAACGUUCUUGUUUUCUUGUACCUGAGAAAGAGAGUUAGAAAAAAAAAGAAAAUGUGAAAACAGGCGAUUUGAAGGUGGCACCUUUGGUGAACGACAUCAUUUUGUCUUCAUGUGCGAUUUUUGACAAUAUUCUGCUUCAGCAGAUCCCCGAUGUGAAAAAUCGACGCUUUUCAACUUUAUUUCCGAUAUAUUUCAGAAAGUUCGGAAGAACUUGGGAUGCCCUCCACGGAUAGUCCGUUCUAAAGAACCCAAGGUAGCAAACAACUUUUUUUGACAGACAAAAAAUUUGAAAAAAGGGAAUGAAUCAGCGGAUGUUCUGGAUGAAACUUCUUUCUAGUUAUAGUUUUUCACGCCGGUUCUGAGCUCAAAAGCUGCCGCAGAGGUCUAUUGAAAACAGUUGUGGCUGCUUUAAAAAAAAAGUCAAGGUUUUCAAACGAACUUUCUUUUGAUUUAUAGCUAGAGAACACACAUGUGAUCAGAUGUCACUUUUGUUGCGCACAAAUUGUUUUUCAACAUUUUCUCAAAGAGAGAUUAUUCAUUUUUUAAAAAUUUUAUCUAAACCUUUCAAAAUUCUGCGCGGCUUUUUUUGAGCUCAUUUUAUUAAAUAAAACUAAGCGUCAUUUAGAAGUCUUAAUCAUGCUCUGAUAAAAAGACGAAAAUUGAAUCCCGAAGUUUGAUGGAAAUAUUUAGGGUUCCAAGGGAGGAAAAACAUCGAAAGAAUCGAAGAACUCGAAAAAAUCAAAGAAGUCAACCGACAAGAGCAAGGUAAAAUUCUAAAUUCUGCCAAAAACACAGGUUAAUUUUAGACCCCGAAAUCCACAGGCACAAAGUCCACAGACACAAAGUCCUCAAACAAAAAAUCUUCGAAGAAAACCGAGGGCCCGCACAGCGACGAUUACUUCGGGGUCAAAUAA